CUUUCCCCUUCUCUCUCUUUUUUAUUUUUUUACUUUAAUUUUAACGUUCCAAAUUAAAAAGAAAGAGAAUUUUUGCGAGGAAAAUUUAUAAAUAAAAAGAGCGUGAUCUGAUUGAGUUUUGCGUCUCCCGAAAACAGAAAGAGAGAAAAAAAACUCUGCAUCAUCUCUCUGGCCUUCUUCGACUAAUUCCAGUCCGUGACCUCCCUCCAAAUCCCAAACCCCAAAUUCCAUUCGCAUUUCGAGUUUUCGAUCUCACUCGCGCUCUGUGCGGUCAGAUCUCGCCGGAGCUCGAAUGAGCUCGAGACCGUUCUGCACUUUCUAGCCCGAUCAUCCGCCGUCGUAUUAAUGAAGCUGCAGAGAAGAGAGAGUUGCUCUGCUUCUUGCUUUGGAGGAAGAUGAAGUUCUACAUAUCCACGACGGGGAUAAAGAGGCUGACGAUAUCGAGCGCCGGAGCCAGCAAGGCUUCUCCGGCGACUCGGAGGAUUUCCGGCCGGACGGUGUUGCCGUUGGUGCUGGUGCUCGCUCUAAUUUUGCCCUUCCUUUUCGUCCGAAUUGCUUUCAUUGUCCUUGAAUCUGCCACUGCCUGCUCUUCCACGCUUGACUGUAUAGGAUGGAGGUUUUUCAGCGGGAGCGACGAAUCUAUGCUCAGAGAGGAGUUGACAAGAGCACUGCUGGAAGCAAAGGAUGGUAAGGUCGAUAAUAAUGAGCAAGGGAUAGAGUCUUUCAACCAGCUUGUGCAGGAGAUGACUUUGAAGCAACAAGAUGUCAAAGCCUUCGCUUUCAAAACAAAGGCUAUGCUAUCAAGGAUGGAACACAAGGUUCAGUCAGCCAGGCAGCGUGAGUCAAUUUACUGGCAUUUAGCCUCACACGGUGUCCCCAAGAGCCUACAUUGUCUUUGCCUCAAAUUAGCUGAAGAAUAUGCUGUGAAUGCGAUGGCUCGAUCUCGCUUGCCUCCUCCUGAAUAUGUUUCUCGACUUUCUGAUCCCUCCUUUCACCACCUUGUUCUCCUAACUGAUAAUGUCCUUGCAGCUUCUGUUGUUAUCUCUUCUACAGUCGAAAAAUCAGCCAACCCUGGAAAAUUGAUUUUUCACAUAGUGACUGACAAGAAAACUUACACUCCAAUGCAUGCAUGGUUUGCAAUUCAUUCUAUUCAAUCAGCAGUGGUGGAAGUUAAAGGGUUACACCAGUACGAGUGGUCUCAGGGAGUAAAUGUUGCGGUCAAAGAGAUGUUAGAGAUCCAUCGCCUGAUUUGGGGAAAAUAUUACAAAAAUUUGAAAGAAGAGGACUUUGAGUAUGAUGGAGAACAUAAAAGAUUCUUAGAAGCUCUGAGUCCCAGCUGCCUUUCCCUUAUGAACCUUCUUCGAAUUUAUAUCCCUGAGCUGUUUCCAGAUCUCAACAAGAUAGUGUUCUUGGACGAUGAUACUGUUGUGCAACAUGACAUAUCAUCUUUGUGGGAACUCGAUCUCAAUGGCAAUGUUGUUGGUGCAGUUGUCAAUUCAUGGGACGGUGACAACUGUUGCCCAGGAAGAAAAUACAAGGAUUACUUUAAUUUUUCAGACCCUAUAAUUUCAUCCAACUUCGAUCACAAUCGUUGUGCGUGGCUGUAUGGUAUGAAUGUCUUCGAUCUUGAAGCUUGGAGGCGAGCCAAUAUAACAGAAACAUACCAUCAUUGGUUAAAACUUAGCCAGGAAUCUGGGUUGACAUUGUGGCGUCCAGGAAUAAUUCCACCUGCCUUAAUUGCAUUUGAGGGUCAUGUGCAUCAUAUUGACCCAUUAUGGCAUGUCGCCGGGUUAGGUUCCCGGUCCCCAGAAGUUCCCAGAGAUAUAUUGGAGGCUGCUUCCGUUAUUCAUUUCAGUGGCCCAGCAAAGCCGUGGCUUGAGAUUGGCUUUCCAGAGGUACGGAGCUUAUGGAAUAAGCAUGUAAAUUCUUCAAACAAGUUUGUUAGAAAAUGUAGGAUCAUGGGGUGAAGAGGACGAAGUUCUUUCACUCUCUCUCAGAUAUUCAUUUUGGGACAAAUCCAGAAGCAGAGUUUGGGGAACAGAGGGAAGAAGGUUUUGGCUUCAGUCUCUGCACACACUCAGCUCAGCUCUGGACACUUCAGAUGGUUCGUAUUCAUGUCCAUAAUAGACAGUAGACGAACGAAGGUACCAUGAGAUGCAAAUCCAUAUAGCAUAGAAUCAGGAUUUUCAACCUUAAUGCAUAUAAAGGGAUAUAAGCUUCUUCAUGGAUAUAUGUAUCUCUCUGACAUUAUAUUGUAAAUUUACUCGGGUAAAAUUGAAAUUGCUUAGAUCAAUGAUCAAACUUGGUAGUAAUU